GAGCGGCCGAGUCUCGCAGUAAACAUUUAAAUUAAAAUAUCCAUUUAAAAAUGCAUGAGCGAAGGAAUGUGACGGCGCGGCUGGGCGGCGUUCCCGAAGCACGCUGCACAAGAACUUUUAUGCAAAAAGAUGAUCGGCUCAAAAGCGUAGCCAGUCGGAAAUACGCAUGAGGGUCGGAGGUCGCGUGGGGCCCGGGGCCGGUGCGCAGUGCGGCGGUAUCGAGCGAGCGGCGGGCGACGCGCCGGCACUGUGCUCCGAGCCGCGGCAUGGGAGGCGCGCUCGUGCUCGCGCUGCUGGCGGCGGCGCGCGCCGGCGACCCCAACGCCACCCAGCUGCCCAACGCCACCCAGCUGCCGAACGCCACUGAAGAUGCAAAGACGCCGCUCUUCCCGCCCGACGUUUUCAGCGAGGAGCAGCGGCGGUCCGGCGCGGUGCUGCUGCACGUGCUCGGAAUGGGCUACAUGUUCGUCGCGCUCGCCAUCGUCUGCGAUGAGUUCUUCGUGCCCGCGCUCGACGUCAUCAUAGAGCGGCUCGAGAUCCGCGACGACGUCGCCGGCGCCACGUUCAUGGCGGCCGGGGGCUCCGCCCCGGAGCUGUUCACCUCCGUCAUCGGCGUGUUCGUGUCGUUCGACGACGUCGGCAUCGGGACGAUCGUCGGCUCCGCGGUCUUCAACAUCCUGUUCGUGAUCGGUGCCUGCGCGAUGUUCUCCCGCACGACGCUGUCGCUCACCUGGUGGCCGCUGUUCCGGGACUGCACCUUCUACUCGAUCAGCCUGCUAGUGUUGAUAUACUGUUUCCGGGACAACAGGAUCUACUGGCAGGAGGCGCUGGUGUUGUUCUCGCUCUACGGCGCGUACGUCAUGUUCAUGAGGUGGAACCAGCCGGUCGAGAGGGCCUUCAAGAAGCUCAUCUACAAGAACAAGGUGACCCGGGUCAGGAGUACAGAUCAGCUGAUGCCGACGCAUCAGCUCGCCGCUCAGACGUUGCACGGCAACGCAACGACGUCGAGCGAAACAUCGGUGGGCACGUCGGCAGCGACCGGACCGAUGCCAGGGCCCAGUAAGCCGCCGCCGCCAGCCGCCAAGUUCCGCCACGGUCUUCUGCAGCUCAUGAUACACACCAUCGAUCCGAUGCACGAUGGUGAGUUAGGUAAAGUAGAUGAAAAGGCAACGCAGCUCCAUGCGAUCGCGUCACUCAAGGUACUGCUGGAAGCAACGAGGCCGACAGCGGGUGGAGCCGGUGCAGCUGCUGCGAAGCACACAGCUGCAGCAGCAACCCAGGGUCAGCAGGCGAAGGAGACGCCUCUAGACCUGCCGAACGGUGGCCUUGCUGGAGACGUCCAAUUAGAUGCUAUAGAAGAGAUAGGAGACCUGGAGGAAGACACGACUCCGCUGGAUAUGUCGUGGCCCUCAGGGUUCCGUAAGCGGCUGACGUAUGUGUUGGUCGCUCCGAUUGUCUUCCCAUUAUGGAUCACCCUCCCGGACACAAGAACUCCGAGAGGUAAAGGUCUGUUCCCUGUAACGUUUAUAGGGUCAAUAGUUUGGAUAGCGUUUUUCUCUUAUUUAAUGGUGUGGUGGGCCAACGUAGCGGGGUCGACAGCUCAGGUGCCACCGGAGGUGAUGGGGCUCACGCUUCUGGCCGCGGGGACUUCGGUGCCUGAUCUCAUAACGUCGGUCAUAGUGGCCAGAAAGGGCUUCGGGGACAUGGCGGUCUCCAGUUCUGUGGGCAGCAACAUCUUUGAUGUCACUGUUGGGCUGCCUCUCCCCUGGCUUCUGUAUGGCCUGAUCAACUCAGAGCCAGUCCUUGUGAACUCCAAGGGCAUGGUUUGCAGCAUAGUGCUGUUGUUCGCUAUGCUGAUCUUCGUCAUUCUCAGCAUAGCCUGCUUCAAAUGGAAGAUGAACAAGGGACUGGGAUUCACCAUGUUCCUGUUAUAUUUUGUCUUCGUUGCCGUCAGCCUUGGACUGGAGUACGACUACUUACAUUGUCCGAGUUAAUAAUCGUUUGUCCAUGAAGAGGCUCACUCAAGUGUUACACAACGUUUAAAAUUGAAAUUCGAAAGUGCAUUUAACUUUCUGUUCGUUCAUAGACUGUGGAAAUAAUACGUCA